AUGAAAGGAGCAAUGUUUCUCAAAAGUUUGUCUCUAGCUUUGGUCCUCUCUGCCUCUCUGACACCUGUCAAGACUGUAGACACUACCACAAUGGUCAUGUCUACGCCAGCUAUGAACAUAACUGUUUUUGGACCCAAUAUGACUGCUUCAUCAAUUCCCAGUCUCUCUCUAACGCCCACAAGUUUCUCGUCUACCAUACCCACGCUUUCACCGUUCACACUGGUCCCAUCCUCCACCCCCAGCUCCACACCAGUCACACCCUCCACACCCACACCCUCCACUGACCCUUCGGCCAGUAUUCACGCUCGAGUGGCCUUAGGUGUGGGGCUCACCAUGUUCCUGUUAGCCAUCACUAUACUGGCAGCACUGCCUCUUGGCUUCUACCUUUACAGGAGAUUCAGUCGCAUUAAGGGGCACAGACCGUACGAAUCACUUCACGACGACCUAUAA